CUUUUUAUUUUCCCAUUAGUUACAUUAUUAUUUUCUUCUUCUUCGUCCUCCUUGGGACAACUUCCAACCAGAAGCUCGUCGUGUUCUUCCUGCUUCCUUGCGCGGUCAAUCAGAAUCCAAAUCAUUCCCAUCACAACCUUCCCAGCUACCAAAAUCAAAUUGAUAGGGUUUCUUUCCCGGCCAGCCGUGUAAAAAGAUGCGCUAUCUCGGGGAAGAAGUUCCUGUCGCUGGUUCUCAAUUAUCAAUCUCGGUUCUUCCCCAAAACCCUAAUUCAACUCUCACCCAUGGCGGGGCCUUCAAGAACGGCUCACCAGGAUUGUUCAAUUGGCUGUUCGAGUGCCACGGAUUAUUGCACAACGUCACUCUGAUUCUAGCUUCCCUCGGUUUCGUGCUCUACCUCGCAUUCCAGGCCAGGAAGAGCUUCGCCAAGCUCUUGAAUGGGAGAUCGCACAUAAUGGUUGCUUACUACGGCAGUCUCUGGCUCGUCAGCUUGCUCAACCUCUGUUGGUCUCUCUUACAGGCAAUGGAAUGCACUCCUGGAAAGGAACAAACAUGGAAUGUGCUAUCUCUGUUCACAACAUCUGGAAUGCUGUUUUUGGAAGUUAGCUUGCUCGCCUUUUUACUCGAAGGCAAUUACGUGAGUGGGCUAGACGCAAUGACAAAGACCUUCGCUGUCUCGGCAAUUGUAGUUGGGCUAGACAUACUUCUCAAGGCACUAUACUUGUUUGGGUUUGGGAUUCCCUUGUUUAUCGACAUUGGCGAGGACUCUAAUCGUAUGAAGUGGGGCCUGUGGGUUGUCCAUCGAUUAGUUCUUACUGCAGUUUAUGGAUUCAUCCUUUUCAUGUAUCAUUCCAAGUGGAGGGAAAGGUUGCCUGCAAGACCCGCAUUCUACAAGUACAUCGUGACCAUGUUUGGCUUGAACGCUCUUGCACUCUUCGCCUGUGGGAUUACUGGAAGUGGAUCUGGUUUCGGUUAUUGGCUGUAUAGCGCCACCAUAGUCUCCUACCAUGCCUUCUACCUCCCUCUGAUAUAUAUAACCUUUCUGGCAGACUUUUUCCAGGAGGAAGAUUUGCAUCUGGAGAAUGUGUACUACUCAGAGAUGAAAGAUGCCGGCUUCUUUGAUGCUGAUUGGGAGUAAAGGAUAUGUGAUGAAGAGCUUCUGAUCAAAGUCAAAAGUCUGGCACUCAUGCUGCACAUAAUUAACUUCCGUUUUAACCAAGUAUGGUAAGAAAGAAGAUCCAGAACCAGAAUGUCCCAUAUAACCUGAAAGCACAUUUCAUUUCGUUUAUGCUUUCACGUAUAAAGUGUAGCUUCUUUCCCCAUUAGGCUCUGUCUAGCUUCUGUGCAUAAAAAAAAGCUCCCAACUUUGGAUACUUUGUGCAAGGAUGAGCUUGUAAAAAUCUUUGGAUAUGACAGUUAACAAACAAACGCAUUUCCAUGAAAGUUUCACACACUAGAGCACUGUGUAUAACACUUAAGAGGGUUUUUUGUUUUCAAAGAGCACAUUUCUUCUAAUUUAUAGAGAUAAUAACAAGCAUGAAGCUGCACUAGAGAGAAAUAGGGCGAUCAUUCAUUGCUUGGAAGUUUUCUUCAGCUUUUUAACCUCACUUCUUCUGAACCAGUUCCUCGAUGAGAUCAGCCGCGUCCUGAACUGUCGCUAUCGACUGUGCGCUGUCCUCUUCGACGCUGAUGUGGAAUUCCUCUUCGAGACCCAUUACAAUUUCAACUGUGUCGAGAGAAUCGGCACCAAGUGCAGCGAAUUUGGAGUCGCCGGUCACCGGAGUCUCGGCGGGCAGUGCCAGCUGCUUCUUAACGAUCUUGGCAACCUUCUCCACCGUCUCUGGCUUCGCCUGCUCAAAACAGAGUCGGCCAUUAUCAGCAAUUACGUUAACUCCCACAAGCACAUCUACAGCCC